UUUUUCUUCUUGUUCGUUUGUUCUUCUCCUUUUCUGCCUAAUCUGUUGUGACUUUACAUUCUUCAUCGGCCCCCAAAUCCCACAUCGCAAUCGACCUGCCGAGGCAAAGAGAACAACGAAAAAUGGUGGAUUGCUCCCCAUCGAUUUGGAGGAACGGUCAUAAUCUUGCUCUUUUGGUGUCAUUUUCUCAGGUGCUCUGUGUGGAGGCUGUUCCUAGCUUCCGACGAGUCUUCCUCUCCUCUCGCUAGCUAGCAUGUUUCCUCGUCGAUUCCGUCGCAUCGCCGUCAUCACCUCCGUCCUUUGUCUCUUCCUCCUUUACCACUUCUCCGGUCUCCGAUCGAGCUUCCAUCCUACCACCACCCAUGGCCGCCGUCGGGUCGAAUGCCCACCCCUCCCGGGCAUGGAAGACGUGCUGGUCGUGCUGAAAACAGGUGUCACCGAGGCAUUGGACAAGGUCCCGGUGCACUUCCAGACCACCCUGCGCUGCGUCCCGAAUUAUGUGAUCUUUUCCGACUUCGAGGAGGAAAUCAAUGGUAUCAAGGUGCACGAUGCCUUCAAGAAUAUGGAUCCCGACGUGAAAAGGACCGUCCCCGACUUCAGCAUCUAUAACCGCCUUGUACAGCUGGGUCGAGCGGGCCUGGAAACUGGUGAUUUCGCCGACGAGGCCAACUCUGCCAUCGGCAAGCCAAACAACCCUGGUUGGAAACUAGAUAAAUGGAAGUUCCUGCCGAUGGUCCAGGAAACGCUCCGCCACAAGAGCGACGCAAAAUGGUACGUCUUCAUGGAAGCGGACACGUAUUACUCAUGGGGAACGUUGCUCGAAUGGCUGUCGCACUUUGAUGCGUCCAAACCGUGGUACAUCGGCACCGAGACCCAGAUCGCCGAUGUCAUUUUCGCCCACGGCGGCUCGGGCUUUGCCAUCUCGAAUCCGGGCAUGCAGCGAGUCGCGAAGGAAUAUGCGGAGCGCAAUGUCGAGCUGAACGAGUACACGGAUGCUCACUGGGCCGGAGACUGCGUCUUGGGCAAAGUGUUGGCUGACGUCGGGGUGCCAUUGCACUUUUCCUGGCCAAUCCUGCAAAACACCAACAUCGGUGAGCUAGAUGAGUUCACGACCGCCUUCUACCGUCGACCCUGGUGUUUCCCCGCCGUCGCAUUCCAUCAUUUGAGCGUACGCGACGUUCAAGAUCUGUCCAACUUCGAACAACGCCGAUGGCGCGAGAAACAAACCACCUUUCUCCUCCACGGCGACGUCUUCAAAGAACUCAUCUACCCAAAUCUCUCUUCAUACCGCGACCACUGGGAUAACCUCUCCGACGAAGAACACUCGGAAAUCACCACCUUUGACGAAUGUCAAUCCCUCUGUAAGGACAAGUCCGAUUGUGCACAGUUCUCCUUCCGCUCCGGAUCCUGUUUCACCGGCAAGACACCUAAACUGGGCACGGCCAGCUCGGGAGCCCGGUCCGGAUGGGCUAUGAAGAAGGUCGAGGAGAUGAUGCACGAGGCGCCGGUUUGUUCGAGUGUGGAGUGGGGGGCGGCUUGAUUUUUCUUUAUUUCUUUUACUUGUUUCUGUUUCUUUCUUGCUCGCAUUGGCGACGAUGCAUUGGCAGUUCGCAGGUCGAACGUGAUGGGCUGGAGUUAUACUCUGUUAGAGCUCGAUGCCGAUGGACAGAAUGAGACCCAGCUGGUUUAUGCUGAUCUCUGGGUUGGAUGCAUACUAUAGACUACAAUUCUCGCUGUGCUCUUUUUCUGAUAUGUUUUUAUGGGCGGUGCUGGGGCUGGUCUUGCAUGGUAGGAGUUGUCAAUGGUUUCAUUCAAUACAGCAAUUCUAGCGAAUCUCAACUACCACAAAAAGAGCAACCCGUUUUACAAUGAGCCAUAACCCAGGCACUUGACAACCCCACUAAACUGAAUUAUGUCACCUACAAAAAACAAGAACACCCAAUUCACAAACUUCACAAGCACAACGAACAAACCCUAUCAUCCUACAAAAGCUCAGGAGCCCCCGGGUCCUCCAGGCAUUGAUCAAUACGCAUGAUCUUCAAUCCCUUGCCUUUGACAAACCGAAUAAUCUCCCGGAAAUACCCCACGGUCGAAUUACUUAGAUAAUGUAGCACUGCCAGAUUGCCGCCGCGCUCGACAUCGCGGUAGAACGCCUUCAGCUGGCGUUCGGGCGUGUCGGAGUCUGCCCACAUCCAGUCCUCAAUGUCGACGCUCCAGUUGAUGAUUUGUGGGUUUUUGAUACGUUUGGCUAGGACUUC